UCAGAGAGAGACAGAGAGACAGAGAGAGAGAGCUCCAUCAAUGGCGCCGCUCCUCCUCGUCUUCCUCCUCUUCUCCCUCUCCGGCGCCGAUAACACCUCGCCGGAGAUCUUACUCACCCUCUGCGGCUCCAACAAGACCAGCAACGCCCAAGCCUUCGAUAUCAACUUCGUUAAUAGCAUGGAGCUCAUCUACCAGAACAUCACCGACCAUGGCUACGGCGUUGCCGUCUCGGGCACCUCCGACACCGUCUUCGGCAUCGGCCAGUGUUUCAACUACCUCUCCUCCGUCAAUUGCCAGCUCUGCUAUGCCGAGAGCCGUGUCAAGCUUCCCCACUGCUUGCCGGCCACCGAUUCCCGCAUCUAUCUCGACGGCUGCUUCCUCCGUUACUCCGAUCGCAACGUUUCCACUCAAUCCACCGAUCUUAAGGACACAUCGAUCUGCGGGAAUUCCUCCACGGUGAUCCCAUCCACUUCUACGGUGACUUCUUUGUUGAAGAAUAUCACGGAGGCGGCGCUCAAUAAUUCGAAUUACUAUGCGGCGGCGAGCGCCUCCGUCUCGUCGGAUUUGACGGUGUACGGGAUGGCACAGUGUUGGAAAUCUUUGAAUUUGAGUGGAUGUAGAGAUUGCUUGGAAAAAGCUGUCAGUAAUGUCUCCCACUGCCUUCCGGCCUCCGACGGCAAGGGUUUGAAUGCUGGUUGUUUUGUCCGGUACUCGACGGAGCCUUUCUAUUUGUCUAGUUCGUCCUCCGGUGGUGGUUCUUCUUCUGGGAGAAUUUUGGCGGUUGUGUUGGGGUGUGUUGCUGCUGCAGUGGUGGUGAUUGGAGUUGCAAUUUGGUGGAUGAGGAGAAGAGGUGCUCAUGAUUCUAGUGAUGAUGAGGAUGGAUCAGGGGAAUUCAUUAGAUCAAUUGCAGGAUCUCACCUUAGUUUCAAGUAUGAAGUUUUAUCCAAAGCAACAGAUAAUUUCAGCCAGAUCAACAAGCUUGGCCAUGGAGGUUAUGGUUCUGUUUACAAGGGAGUGUUACCAGAUGGAAGAGAAGUGGCAGUGAAGAGAUUGUUCUUGAAUACAAGGCAAUGGGUUGAUCAGUUCUUCAAUGAAGUCAGUCUCAUCAGCCAAGUUCAGCAUAAGAAUCUUGUUAAGCUUCUUGGUUGCAGUGUUGAAGGACCUGAAAGUCUCCUUGUUUAUGAGUACCUCUGCAACACUAGCUUGGAUAAAUUCUUAUUCGAUUCUUUCAAGAAGACUGCUUUGGAUUGGGAAAGGAGGUUUGAUAUAAUACUUGGAACAGCAGAGGGUAUUGCUUAUCUGCAUACUGCUGCACAAGUUAGGAUCAUUCACAGAGAUAUAAAAGCUAGCAAUGUUUUACUAGAUGAAAGAUUCCGGCCGAAGAUAGCUGAUUUUGGCUUGGCGAGGUAUUUUGCCGAGGGUCAAUCUCAUCUUAGCACUGGACUUGCUGGAACAUUUGGUUAUAUGGCUCCUGAAUACAUUGUUCACGGGCAGUUGUCGGAAAAAGCUGAUACAUAUAGCUACGGUAUACUUGUUCUAGAGAUAAUCACUGGAAGAAAGAAUCAAAAUUCAGUAGCAACAUCAACAGAUGGCCAUUCUCUGAUAUCUCUGAUAUGGAAACACUACACUGAGAAGACGCUGAUUGAACUUCUGGAUCCUAAUCUCCAAGGACAAUGCUCGGAGGAGCAAGCUCUCAAGAUAUUCCAUAUCGGUCUUUUAUGCGCACAAGCUUCAUCUGGUCUCAGGCCACAUAUGUGGAAGGUGGUUGAAAUGCUUAUGAGCAAAUCUCAAGACCUCCCUCUUCCAACACAACCUCCUUUCAUCAACAUCAAAGGUGCCGAUGUUUGCAGCAGUUCAGGCUCUGGAAGCUCUUACAAAUACACAUCCUCAUCAAAAUCCGGCCAUUCAGUGAAUCAAAUGUCAGUGAGCCAAAUGCAAGGAAGAUAAAAAUCAUCAAGAAGAAAAAAAGAAAAAAAAAGAAAGUUUACUUCAUCUAAAACAACAGAAUGUUAUUCUUUCAUUUUUGUUUAUAAUGUUUGUGUUGAUGUAUGUGUACAAUGUACAUACAUACACUAAAAAAAGAGAGUUUGUUGUGAAGUUUGUUGGCCAUAUAUGAACACAAAGCAAUUCUGCAUAAAUUUUGAACA